GCCACCAUCCGGCACAGCCAAUUAGUAAGGUUUGUCACGUAAACAAAAACAUUCCGAUUCUUUACUAGUGCAGUCAGAUGGAACCCCUCCAGGCACAUGAAGCAAACGCGGCCUAUUUUGCAGCAGAGAGGGUUUUGCCGAAUAAACACAAGGCAAUGCAUAAGCAGUAUUGAUUGGUUCACGCCAGCCUCGCUCUGCUGACGGAGACACUGUCAAAAACUGGGCCAACAUUUGCUCGUAUUGAACCAAAUGUUGCUGAAAGUAUGAACUACCAUAAAGGAAGGACGCUAGGCGUACUGGGAUGUGUGCAGGACGAAUAUGUUUAUUGUUUGUGUAGAGGGACAGAUAUGGGAAGGAGAGGGGGUGUCUGCUUGUUUAUUGAGUUGCUCUUUGGCCACGGGUGACGUGGGUCACAAGUCAUUGUAAGUACACAAAAUAUUUACACGAUAUUUUUUUAUGUCACAAAUGGAGACUGCAGCUAACAGCUGAUUUCAUACAAAUGUGAUGGAGGACAAACGACGUGGGUGAAUUGCGGCAGUGGGUUCCCCAAACUGGGAUCUGUGAAAAAAAGCUUCAAAGUUCAUCGGAUUUCUCCAAGAUAAAUAAAGGUUGUGUUUCGGAAGUUCGCGGGAAGUGACCCACAAGGUCACGUGGGAAGUGAGCCACAAGGUCACGUGGGAAGUGGGCCACAACGUCACGUGGGAAGUGACCCGCAAGGCCGAGGAAGUGGCCCGCAAGGCCUCGGGAAGUGGCCCACAAGGCCGAGCAAAGUGUCCCACAAGGCCACGCAGAAAGUGGACCACAAGGCCGAGCAAAGUGUCCCACAAGGCCACGCAGACAGUGGACCACAAGGCCGAGCGGAAAAUUGCCCGCAAGGCUGACGAAAAUGGCCCACUAUCUGUCUGACAGUGGAUUGGUGGAACUCCAAAUUAUUAGAAAUGGUUUUGUCGCCCUUUCCGGACUGAUAAGCAUCAAUAACUCUUUUUCUGAGAUCCUCAGAGAUUUAUUAUGAUCGUGACGUGACUUAUUUCCACAUACCUUUUUAUGGUGAAGACCAAACACACAAAGUUUCUGGACUUCAUAUAGGGUGGGGCCUCCAAAACUCACCCCUGAAGAUCUACCUAAUUAUAUUUAAACACCUGAUUCUAAUUAUUUCCUUAAUUGGCCUAAUGAAAUCAGGGGUUCACUUUUUCACCUUAAUUACUUAUCGUUUGUUUAUAUCAUACAUCAUUUUGUAAAACAAAAAAACAUGGACUUGGUUAAUAUAAACUCCAUUGCAUAUUUAUAAAUUGGCCGGUUUUUAUUCAAGAAGGCUAUCAUGGUAAAACGAUGGCAUUUCCAUAAUAAUCAUUGAGCUUCACACACAUCUUCUCGGCACUGUAGGUGCACGUCUCACGGUUCGCUUCUUCAGCAACUCAGUGCGUUCACGGGCAGUACGGAGAUCACAUCACGGAGGCCACGAAUGUGCCACGUGUUUUAAUAUCUUCACGUAACACAUCAGCGUGGCUCUUGCAUCCACGCGAUCGUCAAGGGCUAAUUUUACACGCAUUGCACCGUGGCCUGGGACUUUCCAGUGUUUUGUGUGAGAUGUAAAAAAACAAACGAGCACCCGUGUCAUGUAGCUUUUUUAAGCACCUGGGGCACGCUACCACCGCUGCUUCCUGCACUAUUGCUGGGGCUCUCUCCGCGUCGUGCCAGCUUGGGGUUUUCCCGCUGAGAUGGCGAUUAGCAUUCUCGCUUACAGAAAUAUCUCCCUUUUGGAAGAAAAAAAAAAUGUACCUCUGGCUGCGUUGCAGCUUUAGUGUUUUCCACCUCUGCAAGGAAACUCCUCGCUCCGCAUGGCAAUUCCGAGGGUGGCAUUUCCACCGCGCAGUCGCCUAUUUAAUAGUCGCCCGGCACCCACAUGAGCCCAGAGACAGAGAGCGCGUGGACUUCACUCUGCGGGCGACGCUCGGCCACACACGGGGCACGGGGCGAGCGAGGGCGCGUUCCAAGCAAACUUCUCAUCCCCCGCCGCCGCACGCCUCUGGUGGAGAAGGAAAGUGGGGAGAGCAGAGUCGUCUCCUUCGCUUCAAACAUGUUUUGCAAAGGUGUGAAGAUCCUGCUCAUCUUCGUCACUGUGAUCUGGGCAGAAAGUCUGGCGUCGAGAGCGCAAUUCGACCUCUGUGAUCUCAAUUUGCGCUUUGAGAUAUUCCUGUCCAGGAUGACGCGUAUCAAAACGCUCCAGACAAAUUGCGCAAACUAUUCAAACUCUUUCGCGAAACUCAAGGGGAAGCCAUUCCUGUGCCUGGCAGGAGGACAGCUGAACGACACGGCGAUGGAGGCGUGCUUGGCUGAAAUUGUCGACGGACUCAAUCACUUCAGAGACUUCUUUUUCGGCAAUAAUUGCUCCGAAUCCUGUGACACCUUAAAAAGCAUCCGGAAUAUCUUCCUCAACUCCAACAUAUUUCACCCGACCAAGGCGCAGAGCCCCGAGGCGGCACGGGCACCGCCCGCUGCGCCCGCCCGGAGCCUGGAGGGCGGCCUGCUCGACUGCGGCGCCUUUCACCUCCGCCUCUACGUCGCCAACGUUCGCAGGCACGCGAUGAGCCGCCGCCGCGACGCUGGCGGAUGCCGGGAGGUGGGGGUCACCGAGAAGCCGCGGCGAAGGCGCAAGAAGCAGAGGUGGCGGGGUGGGAAGAAGCAGAGGAGGGGGGGGAAGGAGAGGAGGGGGAAGCCCACGGCGACGGGGGACGACGCCGGCGGUGCGAGUGGGGAGGCGAGGGGAAUGAGAAGGAAAACCAAGAGGCAGAGGCAUAGAGACGUUGAACCCACGCGGGCACGGGCGGGUCCGCACUUGGAGCAGAGAGCAGACGGGGUGGGAGUCACUGAAUCGAGUUUGAGCGGUGGCGCAGCGGUCAGCGCACUGCGCUACGAACCCGGCGAGCCAAAAUUCGUUCCCAGCUCGCGGCCAACAGCAGCGAGUGACGAUUGUCUGACCGGUUCUGGGCAUCCACUAGGUCGACUCGGCCUCAAAUGAGUACCUGGUGCCGUGGUGUAUACGCAUCGUCACUAGGGAGACAAAGGCGGCGUGUGGCGUGAAGCCGACCGCCCAUCACGGCGGGUGCCGUGGCAGACUUCAUAGACGCUCGCUAAAUGCCACUCAUCCCUACAAUCUGUGAAGGCGACACGCAGAGGGUCUUGAGGGGGCACGACAUUUGUCUUUGUGUAGCAACAAUUGGCUCUGGCACACAAUCACUUAAAGAGCAGGGCCACCCCCCAUCCCCCCCCCCCCCGCAGACAAUGAGACAAUAUGAAUAACCCGGGGCAGUUGUGAUCACUCGCUCGAUCCUCAGAGAGAGAGGGGCUGUUAUGAAGCGAGAGGGGCCUCCUCCCUCGCUUUGAGACCAGAGACAUCGGCGGCAGCUGCAGGUGGGACGCUGCAGUGAGCGAGGGGGCUGCGUGAGUUUGUCGCAACAGGGAAACCGCACGCGGCGUGAGAAGAAUCCGUUGCAGGGCGGCGAGAAACCAUCCCGCUCUGGGCUGCGGGGGAAGAGAAUGAAAGCACAAAAAGGCGUCGCGCAGAACGAGCCGCCCGAGGCCUGCACCGCAAAUUCAAACAACAGCGGGCGGGCACGAGAAGAAUUACCCCGGCAAGCAGAGGAUGCGGCUCGCAGACCAGAUAGGCAAGAUGCACCUUCUAGACCAGAUAGACAAGAUGCACCUUCUAGACCAGAUAGACAGGAUGCGGCUAGCAGACCAGAUAGACAAAAUGCACCUUCUAGACCAGAUAGACAAGAUGCGGCUCGCAGACCAGAUAGACAAGAUGCGGCUCGCAGACCAGAUAGACAGGAUGCACUUUCUAGACCAGAUAGACAGGAUGCACCUUCUAGACCAGGUAGACAAGAUGCGGCUCGCAGACCAGAUAGACAAGAUGCACAUUCUAGACCAGAUAGACAAGAUGCGGCUCGCAGACCAGAUAGACAAGAUGCACCUUCUAGA